CAGCAAUUUGUAAACAAAAUAAUGACUUUUCGUAAAAAUUUUCACGAAUAAUUGGAAAUUUCAACAUAUAAAAUAAUUUCCGAAACUUAUUCUUCCAUAAUUGUCAUCAUCAUGACUGCUGUUUAAAUCAUAAAAUUAAUUGCAGUCAUUUUAUUAUGAAAUUUUAGUAAUAAUACAAUAUUCAAUUUUACUUUAUCACUCGUAUCCAUCUCAAGCAACACUAAUGGAAUACAUUUUCCACGAAAAGCAAGAAGGGCGACUUUGUGCUCAACACUGCUUGAACUCUCUGCUCCAAGGACCGUAUUUUUCUCCCAUUGAACUAGGCGAUUUGGCUCAAAGUAUCGAUAGUCAAGAACGAGAUCGUAUGGCUGAAUGUGGCACCGAAUCUGAUUCGUACAAAGAGUUCGUUAAACAACCUUCAGAGAAUGUGGACGAUUCAGGGUACUUUUCUUUAGAAGUAAUUAACGCUGCUUUAGUGCCUUGGAAUUUAGAAUUGAUACCUUUCAAUAGUUCUGAAGAACGAGCUCAAUUAGCUCGUGAAGAUCCAGCAUCCAUGUCCGCUUACAUUUGUAAUUAUCAUCAUCACUGGUAUACGAUUCGUAAAAUUGGUCAUCAAUGGUUUAAUUUAGAUUCGACGAUUAAAAAACCUAGAUUAUUAUCGGAAACGUAUCUAGCAGUUUAUUUAGCUCAGAUCCGAACCGAAGGUUACUCGAUAUUUAUAGUAUUUGGUGAACUGCCACCUUGCGAGGCGGAUGAAAUACUGAAAUUGACUCCAGUAACAGAACCAUCUGCGGAUCAAUCUCGUCAGUCGUCAAUUCCUUGUAUUGAUAUCGAUAACGAUGAAGAUGAUGAAAAUCUUCAACUAGCUUUGCAAAUGAGCUUACAAGAUCCUCCUUUGGUGACCAAUACUCCGCAACAAGCGCUCCCUGUAGUGGAUUUAGACGAGGUACGAAAAAAACGAAUGCAGCGAUUCGGUUAGUAACGAGUGUUUCAUCGGUAUUCUCAAACAAUCACUAAAAUUUUCACAACACCAAGUUAAUUUUUCAAAUAUUAUCAGAAAUUAAGUAGAGGUUCGACCAAAUAUCGUUUAACGGUUUUACCUGAAAUUAUCUAUAAUCCGAUUUAUAUUCCUUAUUUGAAAUAAGGGUUUUAAAUUUCGGAUUGAAAUUUUUUUAAAUUUUUCAAUCCGCUGUUAUAUUAUUUUUUUGUUAUAAUUUUUGUUAAUUUGUUUUUUUUUUCUAGCGUUUUCGAGUUUUAUUUUGUAAAAAAACAACUAAUAUAUAAUACUAAUGAAUAAAU